AUGUUGCAGAAUCUUUCGAGGUUCUCAAGCUUCGUCUUAUGGGGCCAUGGCCCUUGCGUACGGUCAUUUGCACAUCAACAAAGUAGGCUAUUCGCCACCGUUAACGAAACAUUAAGGACCUAUGAUGUGGUGGUCAUUGGAGGUGGUCAUGCGGGGACCGAGGCAUCAGCAGCAUCUGCCCGUUCUGGAGCACGCACCGCAAUAGUCACGCCUUCAGUUUCUGACCUUGGCGUAUGCUCGUGUAACCCCUCGUUUGGUGGCAUUGGCAAGGGGACGAUGAUACGAGAAAUUGAUGCAUUGGAUGGGAUUUGUGGUCGUAUCAUUGACAAAGCCGGUGUGAUGUUUCGUGUCCUGAAUCGCAAGAAGGGUCCUGCGGUUUGGGGUCCUCGAGCUCAGAUUGACAGGGACUUAUACAAGAAAGAAAUGAGAGCAGAGCUUCAGUCCACGCCGGGACUUGGGCUCAUUGAAGGCAAGGUCGCUGACAUUGUUUUGAAACCAGAUGUCGAGGGGCAUAGAAUCAAGAUCGCAGGGGUUAAGCUUGAGUCAGGAGAAGUACUGGAUUGUGAGAAAGUCGUGAUUACGACAGGCACAUUCCUUGGCGGCGAGAUACAUAUCGGCCUGGAAGUCUAUCCUAGCGGGAGAAUUGGUGAAGCAGCCACCUUUGGACUCAGCAAGUCCCUUAAAGAUGCUGGCUUUCAACUUGGCAGGCUGAAGACCGGCACGCCUCCGCGCCUUGACAAGCAUACCAUUGACUUUUCGCAACUGGAGGUCCAACCGGGCGAUCAUCCUCCAAUGCCCUUCUCAUAUCUCAACGAGACUGUGGCAGUGCAAGAACAGCUUCCCUGCUAUGGAACUAACACGAACUCUGCUACCCACGAGAUCAUCCAAGCGAACCUAGACAAGACUAUACAUAUUAGAGAGACCGUGAGGGGACCGCGAUACUGUCCAUCCAUCGAAUCCAAGAUCCUACGUUUCGGACAUAGAGAGAGCCAUAAAGUGUGGCUGGAGCCGGAAGGCUUUGACAGCGAUGUAAUCUAUCCGAACGGCAUUUCCAUGACAGUACCUGCAGAGGCCCAGGAGAAAAUGUUACGUACGAUUAAGGGACUGGAGAAAGUCAAGAUGCUGCAGCCAGGAUACGGAGUUGAAUACGAUUACGUGGAUCCUCGCAAUCUGCGUUCUACUUUGGAAACCAAACGCAUAGCCGGCUUGUACCUGGCGGGCCAGAUUAACGGGACCACUGGGUACGAGGAAGCUGCCGCGCAAGGCAUUGUCGCAGGCAUCAACGCAGGCCUUGCAGCACAAAGCAAAGAUCCGCUAGUAAUCGGCAGGGGUGAUGGCUACAUUGGGAUUUUGAUCGACGAUCUUAUUACUAAAGGAGUGACCGAGCCGUACCGCAUGUUCACAUCCCGCAGUGAAUACCGUAUGAGUUCCCGCGCGGACAAUGCGGACCUGCGUCUGACAGCUAAGGGCAGAAGCGUGGGUGUGGUGGGUGAGAAACGGUGGGACAGCCAUAAGAUCUUGACAUCGGAGAUGCACAAUUUAGAACAGCUCCUUCAAAACAUGCGAAUGAGCUCUUCUACGUGGGUUUCCAAGGGUUUCCAAAUUCACGCUAAUCCGACCACCAAAACUGCUUAUGAGCUCCUACAGCAUGUGGGCGUCUCUAUGGAUACCCUUGACAUUUUGAUACCUCAGAUUGCUUCGUAUUCACCCAUGGUUCGGACUCGUGUGAUGAUCGGAAGCACAUAUGCUCCGUACGUGGAAAAACAGAGGAUCUCAAUCAACAACCUACAACGCGACGAACAACUAAAAUUGCCGGAAGACCUCAAUUAUAAUAACGUCUCUGGGCUCAGUAUGGAUGAGCUGCAAGCGCUCGAGAUUGCACGACCUGAAAACAUCGGGAUGGCCGGGCGAGUUGAAGGUGUCACGCCAGCUGGCACUCUGAGGCUGUUGGCCUUUGUAAAAGGAGCAAAGGACCAAGAGCGACGUGGCGCAGUCUGGGAAGGAAUUCAAUCGCGCAAAGAGCGAUAUGCAAAGCUCUGA